AUGUCAUCCCCGCAGCUGCUGCGCAUUGAGCUCCCCAACUUCGGCAGCACCGUGCUGGGCGCCCUGAACGAGCAGCGGCUGCUGGGCCUCUACUGCGACGUGUGCAUCGUGGUGAAGGGCCAGGCCUUCAAGGCCCACCGCGCCGUGCUGGCGGCCAGCAGCCUCUACUUCCGCGACCUCUUCAGCGGCAGCGGCAAGAGCACCUUCGAGCUGCCCGGCUCCGUGCCGCCCGCCUGCUUCCAGCAGAUCCUCGCCUUCUGCUACACCGGCAGGCUCACCAUGGCGGCCAGCGAGCAGCUCGUGGUCAUGUACACCGCCGGCUUCCUGCAGAUCCAGCACAUCGUGGAGAAGGGCACCGACCUCAUGUUCAAAGCCAGCUCGCCCCACUGCGACUCCCAGACGGCCGCGAGCGAAGAGCCCGGCUCCGCGCCGCACAGCCCCACCAACCCCGCGCAGCAGCAGCAGCAGCAGCAGGCCGCCGCCCCCGGGCCCUACCUCGUCUCCCCGGCCCUGCCCAUCCCCCUGCUCAGCCGCGUCAAGCACGAACAGAUGGAGCUGCCGCCCGCAGCCGCCAAGAGGGCCCUGGAGGCCCCUGCCCUGAAGUUGUCCCGCGUCUCCUACUAUGGAGUGCCCAGCCUCGCCUCUCUGCUCCCAAGCGCGCCCCCGGGGCCGUACUCGCAAGGGGAGCGCACCAGCCCCGGCGGCAGCAGCAGCAUCCCGACCACCGACAGCCCCACCUCCUAUCACAACGAGGAGGAUGAAGAGGAGGACGAAGCUUACGACACCAUGGUGGAAGAGCAGUAUGGGCAGAUGUUCAUCAAAGCCACGGGGGGCUAUACAGGGCCUCCAGAGAAACCAGAACAGGUGCCACUAGAGAGCCGCUCCUGUGUCCUCAUUCGCCGAGACUUAGUUGCUCUCCCAGCAAGUCUCAUCAGUCAAAUUGGAUAUCGGUGCCAUCCAAAACUCUACUCAGAAGGAGAUCCUGGAGAGAAACUUGAACUUGUUGCAGGUUCUGGUGUCUACAUCACCCGUGGGCAGCUGAUGAACUGUCACCUGUGUGCAGGUGUGAAACACAAAGUCCUCCUGCGGCGCCUCCUGGCAACAUUCUUUGACAGGAACACUUUGGCCAACAGCUGUGGGACAGGAAUCCGGUCUUCCACCAGCGACCCCAGCCGGAAGCCCCUUGACAGCAGGGUGCUCAAUGCCGUGAAACGUAAGUGGAAGGAAACUGGCAAGUCCCACAGAGCUUCAAUGCCUCUUGUGCAUAUUAAAGAUCCUAAAAGGCAGUUAAGCU